AUGAACACAGAAAAUUCUUCAACAAUUGAGAAUUGGAGUGAAAAACUUUGUGAAGAUCCUUACGAAGCUUCAUUUAAAAACGAAAGGCCUUUGAUUAUAGAACAUCACAUUUUAUGGUCUAUGAGCUAUAGCGUGCCAGUACUUUAUUUUAAUGGAUGGAAAUCAGAUUUUCCAGGGAUCAAUCGAAUAAGUGUCGAAGAAGCUCAAGGACUUAUUAAUGGUUCCACUUUAAAUUACUCGGAGUUGUCGCAGGCGAUUCAUCCAAUUCUCGGUACACCGUACCUGCAGUUACAUCCAUGCAUGUCGCACGAGCUUCUACAAUACACACAUAAGAGCAAGAACAAAUUGAUUAGCUGGUUAAGCUUCGUUGCACCGGCGGCUCUACGCCUUGAUAUAAAGCAAGAGUAUCACAAAUUGACGUUGUAA